GUUUUCUCCGCAGAGCCGCGUCGUUGACGUUCUCCGCGCCCGGGCCACGUGACGGGACGAAGCGGCCUCUGCUCUCCUCUCCUCCUCGCUCGGGUUUUCCUUCCCAGGGUUCAAUGAGCGCUGUGUGGCCCCACCCCGUCUCUCUUCAGCGCUAUCUAUCUCCUCAAUGUAGGAGAAAAUAAAAACCUCAAAGAAUCGGAUAUUCGUGUCUUUCAGCUUUCACGACCAGCGGCCACGAGAGGAGCGGCCUUCGCGGUUGGAAUGUGCUGCUACAACAACCUCGUGUCCUAUUUUUUGUCAGUGUAAAUGCUUGUAGUCUCAAGCCUAUUUACUCACCUCGGAUUCAAGAGGAAUAUACAUACAUAUACAUGUGUGGAUGUUUAUAUGAGGGUGUGUAUGUGUGUACACAUCUACAGGCCGUAUGUAGGCUAUAAAAACUGAGCCUGACAGCGGGUGUUGCUUUUUCACCUGCAGCAGACGUGGAUACAUUUCGAGGGAUUUUCACAUCUUGAUCACGUUUUCUUUUUCUUUUCGAUUUUUACAUUUUAUUAUUAUUAUUUUUAAUUUUUCUUUUUGUUUCUUUGAAGGUAUUCAUCGGAGCCGAGCAGGGAAUUAAAAAAAAAGUCUGUCGGUGCGCAGUUUUGGAGGCUCGGUGGUGAUGUGAGGGGCUGAUAACUCAUUUCAGCAACAAAAGCCAGGGGCAGCGAGAGAGAGAAGGCCCUUGGAGGAGCAAGCACAGCCAUCGUAAUUAAGGGGGCCAAAUCGGUGGAUAUUGGGUCGUUUCAGAGUUGGAAGUGGUGGGUGAUCCAGCCCAAAAGACGACCGCAGCGAGUCUGUAGCUGUUUGGCGUUGAUUUGAUGAAGAGAAUGAGAAGGAGCCGGAUGACGACGGAAGCAAUGAGAAUACCACACAUGUAGCUCGUUUAGGUGUCAAUAUUGUUUUUUUCCCCCUCCUGGUCUGCUGGGCCCCCGACGAAGACAACCGUCGUGGAGACAACGUAAUAGAGAAUUUAAGGGUACACCUCUGGAAAUGUUUAUCAUGACAGGAGACGUGGAAACGAGCCGCGCCACAGCACGGUCGAGCUUUUCGGACACGCUGAGUUCGGCUCCUUGUCACGGGCAGCAGUGAGACGCAAGACCCGGGCUUUUGGAGAUGCAGAUUAGGCAGUUUAUUCUACCUCCGUUUGAGGUGAAACCCCGGUUUUUUGGUGUCCUAACAGACGUGGUGGAUUACAGUUCUUAACGUUACACAGUUGACCGAGGAGAGAGUGGGAAAACAAAACAAAAACUAUACUGCAUGUGAAGGAGGAAAAGGCGAGCUGAGAAGACGGCCUCGGUGUCGUCAGCAGCAGUAUCCUGCCCUUUCUCUGACAGCGAAAUACGCGUUAUGGACACAUAAUUUCUUCAGUGCUGCGCCACGGACAGCUUUUGGAGCAGGCCAAGGGCGUUAAACGGUGUCAAUGUGGUUGACAUUGCUGCCAGAUCUGCUGGUCAAACAAGAGAUCUAGACUAGUUUAGUUGUUUAUUUUUGUUUCUGCAUACCCCUCUCCACCUCCACUUUUUCUUGUUCUUCUUCCACCUCCUCCACCUCCUCCUCCACCUCCCUUGGACCCCCUUUUUCCUUUUUUCUUACGAGAAGAUGGGUUGUUUGGGCAACAGUAAGACCGAAGACCAGAGAAAUGAGGAGAAGGCACAAAGAGAAGCAAACAAAAAGAUAGAGAAGCAGCUCCAAAAAGACAAACAGAUAUACAGAGCAACACACAGACUACUACUUUUAGGAGCUGGAGAGUCAGGAAAGAGCACCAUAGUGAAACAGAUGAGGAUCCUACAUGUCAACGGCUUCAAUGCAGAAGAGAAGAAGCAAAAAAUUCAGGACAUCAAGAAUAACAUUAAAGAGGCUAUUGAGACUAUAGUAACAGCAAUGAGCAACCUGACGCCACCAGUGCAGUUGGCUUGCCCAGAGAACCAGCACCAGAUCGAAUACAUCCUCAACCUCGUCAACCAGAAGGACUUUGAGUUUCCAUCUGAGUUUUAUGACCAUGCAAAGACACUGUGGCAGGAUGAGGGGGUCAGGGCGUGCUACGAGAGAUCUAACGAGUACCAGCUAAUCGACUGUGCACAGUAUUUCCUAGAUAAGAUCGACAUUGUGAAACAGAGCGACUACACUCCAACUGAUCAGGACUUGCUGCGUUGCAGAGUACUGACUUCAGGGAUCUUUGAGACAAGAUUCCAAGUGGACAAAGUUAAUUUCCAUAUGUUUGAUGUCGGCGGUCAAAGGGAUGAACGUCGGAAAUGGAUUCAGUGCUUUAACGGUAACUUCUCUUUAUUUCGGAAAUGGAUUCAGUGCUUUAACGAUGUAACGGCCAUCAUCUUUGUGGUGGCCAGUAGCAGUUACAACAUGGUGAUCAGAGAGGACAAUCAGACCAACCGUUUACAGGAGGCCCUCAACCUCUUCAAGAACAUCUGGAACAACAGAUGGCUGCGGACCAUUUCUGCCAUCUUGUUCCUAAAUAAACAGGACCUGCUAGCAGAGAAGGUGCUGGCAGGGAAGUCCAAAAUUGAGGAAUACUUUCCUGAAUUUGCUCGCUACACCACCCCUGACGACGCAACACCAGAGCCUGGUGAAGAUCCACGUGUCACAAGGGCAAAGUAUUUCAUAAGAGAUGAAUUCCUGAGAAUCAGCACAGCAACCGGGGAUGGGCGGCACUACUGUUAUCCCCACUUCACCUGCGCCGUCGACACAGAAAACAUCCGCCGUGUCUUCAAUGACUGUCGAGACAUUAUCCAGCGAAUGCACCUGCGGCAGUAUGAGCUGUUGUGAUGGGAGAGAAAAGGUGUUAAGACAAAAACGGAUUCGACUAUGAAAAACCCUGAACCCUGAGUCUGAACUCCCCUCUUCCACAGAAGUGUGUGGGCUCUUGUGAAGGAAUGGGGACCAAAACUCAGACAUGCAGACACUUACAGUAAACACACCCUGAACCCAGAACUUCUCCUGAUGCAAACUCCCUACCUGCAGUAGACAGCUGUUUUGAUAGAAGCAUUUGAGGGGUUAUCACAUGAACAGACUCCGAUCUCCGCUCUCAGCCAUAUUCCCAGCUCCUCACCUCUGAACAACAUGCAUCACCUUCACCUUUACAAAAACCCAGAGUGGUCCAGUCUGGACUGUAUUUCCUGCAGUGCAGAGGGUUUGAGCUGCCAUUGAGAUUGUAAGACUUUGCUCUUGUUGAGACAGAGAGAGCUACUGCAGUGCAACUAGGAAAGGGAGAAUGGUUGAAUUCCUGCAAAUAAACAUGUCAACAGAUCAGCUGAACACUGUAUCUAACAAAGAACAUAAGCACUGUGCUCAAUACUUGACUCAGACCAUGUACACCAAUCCUACUAUCACUUAAACGUGCAUUAGUACAAGCAGAGCCACAAGAUCUGCUUGCACGCAGAAAUGUAUCACACCUGUUAUCUACUGGACUGCACAACUGGGGUGGAUCCCGAAACAUACUGAUCUGCAGACUAGUAUCAGGCUAGUCGAGCUGCCAGCAGAUUUUUCCAGUACAGCGCUUUGAGAUUAAACAGCCUGUGACUGUUUGUGUAGCUGAGCCCCAAGGAGCAGUGUCGCCAGAGACUAAACGGACCAGGGGUGUGUUGUGGUCAGUCAGUCAGGCCGCGAGGGGGCAGAGGUUCACAAAAUUAGAACAGAAACAACUCCAGUGUGAAUUUCUCUGAUGGAGUUUGGACAUAAUUGACAGGGAUGGCGAUGACAGUCCCUCAACUUCUCCACAGAAUAGUUUUGCCUCCUGACUUUGCCUCAUUGGUAAUGGAGCAAAACAUGAGGAGGAUAUAUUAAGUUUAAAAUAAAAAAGAAACAAAGAAAAAAAGCCAACUUUUACAGGACUUUACAAACGGAGGGCAAAAAGCAUCCUUCUUCAGUACAGUACCAUACAAGUUAAAGAGAACUUUCAUCUUGUCAUGAUUGACCCUGUUUUACUGUCUCCACAGCUGUUUUUGUCUGUGUUGACUUUUGUGCCAUUGUGCCCUGUGCGCUCUCUCUCUUUAUCUUUACUCUUUGUCUCUCAUUCUCUUCUUUUUUUCACCCCUGCUCUUCCUCCUCUGAGAAUUUUACACACUCUCCUUCACAUUUGUCCCCUUUCUCUCAUUUUCUCCAUCACUCUCCCUCCUCCACUCCAGCACUUUUAUCCAACUGACAGCGUUCUUUUAUUUUAAGGGGAAAUAAAAUGUAAUAAUCCAGGAAUAUAAAAAACGAUGACGGCAACAAACGGGACACAGUUUUUUUUAUAACUCGUGGUCAGAUGGCCUGCUCGCACCUCCCUGCCAUUCCUCCCUCUAUCAUUCCUUCAUCGUUCCUCCUUCCCACCCAGCCCCUUGCUCCUUUGUAUGUCUGUCUUGACUUUACUGCUGAACUAUUAUUCUUGUACAGACUGUAAAAUGUAUUAUUUUGUACAACUUUAUUGAAAAAAAUAACUUUUAGAAGAUCCCUGUGCCUUGAUCACGACUGUACGUGUGUAAUGAGCUAAAGUGGGUGUCAUACUGCGCUGUAUAGCUUGGCCAAGCCCCUCCUAAAUUUCUGCCUCCCUCACCACUUUGUUCUCCCCCUCGCUCUUUCUUUACCCCUCUCUCUUUAUCUCUCUCUGUUCUUGCUUUCUCUCCUGUGUUGUUUCUCUCUCCUUGGGGACAGAGGACAACCAUUGGUAGCUUUUGUAGUUUUAUUUCUCUUCCCCUCUUCUCCUGUUCUCUUUAUGAUUUAAAUGUCUAUUUUUGGAUCCAUAUACCCACAAAAGAUAAAUAUAUGAAAUGUAUAUGGGUUUUAAAAAAGUAUUUUAUUAGAAUGAAAUGAAUCUUGACAAAUUGUACACUUGAUAGUGUGCGUAUUGCUAUAACUUAAAUCCUUUCAAAUGAAGUUGUGUUCAGGUUUCUUUUGUUUUCUUUAGUUGACAUCUGCAAAGGACAUUUUUGAAGGGUUAAAGAGGAUAUGACAGGUGCAAAACAUUGCUCAUUCCUACACAUAGCUAAUUCUUUUGCUUAAAAAAAAAGGCCAAAAAAGAAUAAAAGGAAUUCAUUUCAGUUUUUCUUCUGAUGAGAGGGGGUCCACCAUCUUAGCCUCAUACAGCAGAGACAGCCUGUAUAGUAUUAGCAUCUCUCUCUCAUUUCAGUGCCCUAGUCUUCAUUUAAUGUGUACAUCGAAUAUGGGUCUCUACUUUCUGAACAGGAGCUCUGAAGAAAUAAAGUUUUUUUUUUGGUGCAGACA